AGACUCGGUUUCAGACAAAUUUCCUGGUCAACAUGCUCAUAAAUUCAUAAUCCUACACCAUCUCUCACUGGUUACACGUAAAAACUCAAUUCCCAUAAACUUGCCACCUGCAUAUAACCCACGUCACUUUUCACCAUUCAUUUGCAGCAACAAAUAGGGAUAUUAAGAAUACAUUGAAUCUUGAUUCAAGCCUUGAACAAAAGUUUCCGGGCACUUCGUCUAGAAAUCUUAAAGUUUUUGCUUCGAAAUGUUGGCUGUUUUUGAAAAAUCAAUUGGUAAACCUCCCAAGGAACUGAUUCUUCCUUUUCGGGGGAAGUCCCAUCUGAACAGUUCUAGAGAAGAAAUUGCAGAAAUAUAUCGUUUAUGGAGAUCGGAUUCGACCUUUUAUAACCUUCCCAAUGGGAACUUCUUGGCCUUAUCACACGAAGAUGAAAAUCCCGCGCAUCCAAGGUCAAUGGUUGUUAUGGAUGGUAUUUUCUGCUUAUUCUCUGGUUAUUUGCUUAACGCUUAUGACCUCCGACGAUAUUAUGGCCUUUCACGACAAGCAACAGAAGCCAUGAUCGUAGUCGAGGUUUAUAAAGUACUGCGUGAUCGAGCACCAUAUCCUCCCGACCAAGUUGUCAAAGAACUUGACGGAAAAUUCGCUUUCAUUCUCUUCGAUUCAAAAGUUUCAGUCCUUUUCCUUGCUCGAGACAGCGAUGGAUGCGUGCAGCUUCACUGGGGAACUGCGGCUGACGGGUCCUUAGUAUGCACCGAUGAUCCAAAUGUAAUCUCGGCUUCUUGUGGGAAAUGCUAUACCCCUUUCCCUCCAGGCUGCAUAUUUUUAAGUGGCAGCUUGUUAAUUAGUGUCCAUUAUCCGUUUCAUAAGGUACGUGGAAUUUCACAAGAAGACGAUGAAGGGAACAUCAAUGCUGUUAUUUUUAAAGUGGAGUUGUACACAAGAAUUCACAGCAUUCGACGUACUGGUAGUGCAGAGAAUUGGGCAGAUGUCACCAUUGUUGAAGGAGAGUAAGAACCAAACAAAGUUCACAUAGAUAACUUUCGAUUGUGCUUUGAUUUUCGUUUAUGUCGGAUAUUUAUCUAUUUUCUUUUAACAUGGGAAUCUUGAAAUAAUUUCAAACUUGUAUCACAUAGAACUUGUUUUCUUUCUUUCAAGUAUCUAUGCUGUGUUCAUUGUUUAUUAGGUAGAAAAAUACACUCGUAAUCCAGCUUAGUUAGAUGCCGGUGCCAUGGCCAGAAUAGUCGACAUUACUGGUCGAGUUGUAUCAUGAUCGCCCUCAUUGUUAUGCACGGGGGUACCAAAAUUUGAGUACAUCGUAAAUCCAGGACAACGAUGGGGAUUCUCACAGGCACAACUUCUUGGACAACAUUCGUAAAUACCGUUCAGAGGUGCGAAUCCUGGAAUUAGGAACUUCGACCCAACGGGGUUUGGUUUGUCGUGAGUUAGGUGCAAGGUAAAUCUAGGACAAUGAUCCUGUGAAUUACCACAACUGCUCGGACAGCAUUGGUAAGGCUCAUUCAGAGGUGGAAAUCCAGGAAUAUAAAACCAUGGAAAAGGGAUGGUGAAUUGCGGUGGAAUGUAUCCAUCACCCCCGGAACCGCAUCCACCUCCAAAGCCGCCACAUCCUCCUUCGUCACCGCCAGUGUCCCCACAAUCACCACAACCACCAUCGUGAGGAGUUUCACCGCAAUCAUCGCAACUACCACCACCAACACCUCCUCCACAAUUGCGAUAAAAGUCAGGUGGGAACAUGGUCAUUGGGGGAUUGUCGAAAAUCUGUGCAUUAUCAGUCUUCAUCCCUGGAAGGUUUCUGUGUGCAGUGCAGACUGCUAGACUUAGCAUUAGUGCCAUUAUGGCAAUGCAAAACCAUUUCGGUAUAGCCAUUUUUGUGUGAUU